UGGUGUUCGGCAGGAACAAAAAACCCAUGUUCCAAUAUUUUCAAAGAUCAUAUCUUUGGAAUAAAAUGCAUCAAUUGAAAUUCAAACAAAAAUAUGAGAGUUCAUAAUUCUCAUGAACUAUAUAUAUUACCUCUCUUUUUCCAUCAGAAAUCAAUGUUUUCUUGAAGAAACACGAAAUUACUACACGUAAGAUUUGCGGAGUUGUAUCUUCUCCAGAUGCACAGAUCCAUGCCACACAAUAUGCGUGUUACGGAGACAACCUAGAAAUUGUAAGAACAAUUUAGAGAAGGCCGAUGAGUACGUCUAGAGAGGCUAGCAGGCUUCUCGAUGGGGUUUCGUUAGUCGCAAAGGAACUGCUUAAACGCUCCCAUGUCUUGGAAAUCCCCAGAAUUGGGAACUUUGAAACACUUAUUUCUAUACCUGUCAAAAAGCUUGUUGUUUCUGUCACUGACAUUUCCGGUCUCACUAGAGGCACAGUUCGCCAAAUUUCAAGUGCAGAUCGCCGCCUCAAAGACGAUUCUGUCGCCUAUUUUUCUCAUCCAGUUCAAGCGAAUGAUAUUGACAAUCCAGCAGUCUCCGAUCUUGAGGUUGGCCACACUCAGGCAAGCAUUUCAGAUAUUUCAGCUCUUUCCAAAAAUGAAGACAAAGAGAACAAAGCGUCAAUCGGAACCCAAUGCGGGGACAUACCCAACAAUGCCUCUUCUACUACAUUCAAUGGAACACGAGUAGGAGAAGCCCAGAGCGGGCAAGUGGAAGUAGCCCCACCUUUCAAACGACGAAAGCCCCGGGAGAGAAGAGUACCCUCCACUCCCUUUACCAGAGCGGUCGGGUUUGCCGGACUAGGAGCUAGUCUCGCUUGGGGAACGCUGCAGGAAUCAGCCAAGAGGCUUGUUUUUGGCCCAGAAAAUUUGCCAAACCAACCUCCUGCCCUUUCCCCAUUCCUAUCCGAAAAGAAUGCAGAACGUUUGGCUCUUGCUUUGUGUAGAAUGCGUGGAGCUGCUUUGAAAAUUGGGCAGAUGUUGAGCAUACAAGAUGAAUCUCUCGUCCCAGCUCCGAUCCUGGCUGCUCUGGAUAUUGUACGCCAAGGUGCAGAUGUAAUGCCUAGGAGCCAGCUGAAUAAAGUAUUGAACGCUGAACUAGGUCAAGAUUGGUCCUCAAAGUUGAUUAGUUUCGAUUAUGAACCAAUGGCUGCUGCAAGUAUUGGCCAGGUGCAUAGAGCUGUUUUAAAGAAUGGUAUGAAAGUUGCAAUGAAAAUUCAGUACCCUGGAGUUGCUGACAGCAUUGAGAGUGAUAUCAAUAAUGUGAAACUCUUGUUGGAUUAUACUAAUCUGAUUCCGAAGGGACUUUAUCUUGACAGAGCAAUGAAGGUGGCAAAAGAUGAGUUAUCCCGUGAAUGUGACUAUGUGUUGGAGGCUACAAAUCAAAAACGUUUCCGUGAUCUGUUAUGUAACUCUGAAGGUUUCUAUGUUCCAUUGGUUGUGGAUGAUCUAUCAAGCAAAAGAGUUUUGACUACAGAACUUAUUUCUGGAAUUCCGAUUGAUAAAGUAGCAUUGUUAGACCAGGAAACUCGUAAUUAUGUUGGGAGAAAGUUGCUGGAGCUCACGUUACGUGAAUUAUUUGUUUUCCGCUUCAUGCAGACGGACCCCAAUUGGAGUAAUUUUGUGUAUGAUGAAGCCUCAAAUAUAGUUAAUCUGAUCGACUUUGGAGCAGCUCGAGAUUAUCCUAAAAAUUUUGUUGACAACUACUUAAGAAUGGUUGUUGCAUGCGCAAAUGGCGAUAAAGAUGCAGUAAUCGAAAUGUCAAGGAGACUUGGAUUUCUAACAGGAGAGGAAUCAGAGGUGAUGUUGGAUGCUCAUGUUCAAGCAGGUUUUGUUGUGGGAUUGCCAUUCUCAAAGCCUGGUGCCUAUGACUUUCGAGCUUCAAAUAUCACUCAUAGUAUUUCAAACCUUGGUGCAACCAUGUUGCGGCACAGGCUAACCCCACCACCCGAUGAAGCCUAUAGCCUUCACCGCAAACUAUCAGGUGCUUUCUUGGCUUGUAUCAAGCUUGGCGCUGCUGUGCCCUGUAGGCAACUCUUAUUCAAUGUUUACGACAAUUAUCAUUUCGACGACCAAAAUUGAGAUCUUGAAGGGCCAACAUUUGAAUCUCCAGCAGCCAUUUGUCCUGUCCUUUUCCUGCCCCACAUCCUCGUAUUUGGUCUCUAUACUUCCACAGUUUUCAACCAUUCAUUUUUUUACCUUUAGUAUUACUUCCAAUUGUUAAUUUUAUAAAACAUUUUGUUGUGAAUGACUAGUGAUGCAAUACGUAUCCACUAAUAAAAUUUUAGUUCAAAAAUUUUGAAUGAAAUUA